AUGGCGGAGGUGACAUCAAAUGAGAGAUGUAAGCAAAUGCGGAAUUCGCAUCACGUCCUCUUAUAUCGUGUGGCAAAAGCUCUGGGUGUCAUAUCAGAAGCCGCACAUCUCUCGCCCAAGGAGGCGGAGGACAUGUCCUCCUCCCGUCCUCACUCGGGAGCCUCGUUGGGAGCGCAGGAUCGCAUUUCCCAGAGUAUUCUUCCUCUCUCCUUCCGCAAAGAGAGAGAGAGAGAGAGCAUUCGCGGCGAGAGCCUCAACUCACAACGACACGACAACGGACAGACGGACAUAGGAGCUGACGCGGCGCCGGGUCGGGCUGAGGCUCGGCCCGCGGUGGACUUCCAUCGCCGCGCUCAUCAUCAGCGCGCCGCCGCCAUGCUGAGGCGCUUCGAGCGCCAAGUGGCAUUCAAUGAGACUUUGGCGCCGCAUCUGCAGAUGGCGUCGCCGCCACUGGACGCGGUCACGCGGCCGCCCAGUGUGAAGAAGCCCACGAGAGUGGACGACGUCCACCCACCCUCAUCGGACGCUGCACCUGCUCCGUCCGGUGAUAACAAACGUGAUAGUAGUGAUAAGGAAAGAAUUAGCACAAGCGCCAUUUACUCUUCCGUCUCUUCCGCCACCACGACCACGACCACCACCGCCACCAUUUCCGCCACGCCGGGCGUGCACAACGCCACGCACGGCCGCCCGCCGCCGGCCGACGUGAGCAUAGCCGGCGGCGGCGUGAUCGACGAGGGCGAGCAGAUCAUCAUCAUCGCCGGCGACGGCGAGGAGGAGGUCGUGGUGGCGGACGAGCUGAAGGAGAAGAUGCAGCACCGCAACGACGACGCCUUCCUGAGCGACGAGCCCAAGGCGAUGCCGCUGCGGCCCAUCAUCCGCGGCCCCUUCGACGACGAGCACCAGGGCGAGGUGUCCAUCGUGUACGCCGAGCAGCACUCUGAGGUGAAGGUGAACUGCGAGGUGGACAUGGAUAUCGUGAGCAGCGUGUGGUCGCGCGACGACCAGAUAGUGCACACAAUGGACAGAAAUUCUCGGCCGACGAACGAUUAUCGUUUCAUAAGAGAGCCCAGAGGCGGAUUAACAAUUACCAAUGUUAUGCUGGAAGAUGAUGGCAAGUGGCAGUGUGAGGCUAAAAAUGCCAGAGGAUACGUGGAGAACGCCCGACCAGUUAAGCUGGUCGUUUUAGACCGUCCAAAACCACCAUAUUUAUUGAUUGACUCCCGUCGUCUCGACGCCGGAAACAUUUUUGUACCUGUCAAGGAGAAUUCCGAGCUGAGCCUGGCGUGCAUCAGCGAGGGUGGCAACCCCAAGCCCGUGCUCACGUGGGAGAUCCUCCUGAGUCCCGGCGUGGAUCGUCACGCCCAGAAAGUCACAGCCGAAUUGACACAACUGCAGGAAGUCAAGAAUGACAAAUUGGAUAGGGAACCGUACAGAAUUAACAGCGGUGCCAUUUCGGAGGCCAAAUUGCCGACAGUUUAUCGGGCACAUCACAAUGCACGCAUCCUUUGCGUCAUGGAACAUCCCACCUUGAAGAUCCGCCAGAACGCCUCGCUCCUCCUUGAUGUGCAAUAUACGCCAUCAUUUGCAAUUUCCCGAACACCGGGCUUUGGGUAUCCGCUGAGGGAAGGAAUUGAAGUGUCACUGAAGUGCGACGUCGACUCCAAUCCACCGAGCACGCCCGUGUGGCAGAAGGACGACGGAGACACACCGGUUCCCCAACCUGGUGAUGGUUUCCUCAAUUUUACAUCCAUCCGACGAGAACACUCUGGAUGGUACAAAUGCACUUCGAGACAUCUUAACUUCCAAUACUCCAGCAUUGGAUACUAUCUCAGCGUUCGAUACGACUCGGUGGAUGUAACGUCUGAGCCCAUUGAGCAGGAGAUGGCGAUAGCUGCCUCCCACAACCCUUACAAGCCCGCCCAAUUGGAGGUUCAAUUAGGCGGCGCCGUUACUCUGCAGUGCCCGCAAGGUUCCCUUGGGUGCUGGUCUCAGUUGGACCCCGUGACUGCGCGACUGAAGGGCCUAGGUGCCGGCCUAUCCACGCCCACAGGUCAGUCCAUUCUCAAGGAUGUGGUGUACCAAGAUGCCGGCGUGUACAAGUGCAUCGGCCAGAGUCCGUCGACGAAGAAGAAGCUCGAAGUGCUCCACACAGUGGCUGUUGCCGUGAAGGGUCCUCCAACGGCAGUGGCGCGGAACGCAACGCCUGUGGCCUAUCCCGGAUCGCCGCUCCAUCUUUCGGUGGAAUUCUGUGCCAAUCCACCCGCUUUUGCCGCCAGAUGGCUCCACGGCGACCGAGUCUACACGCCAGGCAAUCAAUACGGAAUUGAUGUGCUUGCGUACGGCGUUAUCGAUGUGUCGACGCCGUUCUGCAAGGAGGCCAGGCUCACGUACGUGCACAUGCAUGAGCGCGUCCCCAGGACCUUCUACUUCGUGGUGUCGUCGCCAGGUGGCGUGGCGGAGGCGAUUUUCAACGUGAAUUUCACGCUGAAGCACAAAACAAUGUCCAACUCCGUGGAUGACGGCGAUGAUGAGGAGCUCAGCGAGCCGGAAGAAAUCCAUUUUCCCGUUUUUGGUUCCGCCAACUGUUGCCCCCGUCCGUUCGCCGUGCUCCUCGCGCUACCGGCCUACAUCGCCUGGCAACUUGUACAGACUCCCGCGCCAAUAUAAAUUCCAACCCUCGCCGUUUUCUUAGACACACACACACACUUCGCACAGAUAUAAGAUACUUUGUGUAUAUUUCAUGCCACGGCAUGAGCUUAACGAGAGUGAAAACAGAGAGAAAAAAAAAGAUUCGCUGAAGUGGAAAAACAUAGGAAAUUUACCCUGUCUACUUUGAAAGCAAAAAAAAAAGGAAUCGUAUAUAUUAUGCAUUAAUACUCUUACUACCUAUCCCUGUAUCUACCAUAAUGUACUAACUAUCGCUACUAUUUAUCUACUACAAGACGACUAAGGACACACUCACGACACGUGGGAAAUUGAGAGGUAAAUAAGUGUCUUUCGCGGUUAAUGAUUGACACUUGCAUAAACAUUUGCAAUUUACUUCCAUCAUUUUUGAUACUUUUACAUACUUUAAACGAUGGUUUCAACUAUCAAUUUUCCAGUAUUAAGACACGCCCAAGGGGGAGAUAAUAUGCCUGAAAACUGUACACCAAGACUUCCUGACACUUCCACAAUUCCUCUGCACAGAAUCUUCAACACUUCAGAGACACUUCUGAACGUCUUUAGAGGCAUUUUUAAUUUAAUUUGAAAAAG